AUGCCUAUCGUAUUAGUACUCGGAGCAACUGGAAUUAUUGGCAAUGAAGUAGCCAGUCAAUUCAUCAGAAAGGGAUAUGAAGUAUUUGGUUUGGCCAGGACUGAGGAAAAGGCCAAUCAAUUGAGACGUGUUGAGAUCCAACCAAUCCUUGCCAAUGCCCAAGAGACGAACAAGUGGAUAGAUGUAGCCAAGAAGGCUGAUAUCAUCAUUGAGGCGAUUGCAGACUACUCAAACAAUGAUGUUCAGUUUGCUGUGUUCGAGGCUUUGUCAACUAUUGCCAAGGAACGCCCAUCAGUUGUGAUCAUCUACACUAAUGGUGUCUGGAUGUAUGGCAACAACAAUGGUCAGUUGAUCACAGAGAACCAACCAAUGAUCAAUAGCAACGUGAUCUUGGCACCACGCAUCGAACUGGGCAAGCAGUACUCAAAGUUGGGUGCAAUCACCAUCUUGCCCUCGCUCGUCUAUGGAGGAAGUGGAGCUCACAGUGGCGGCUACUUCAGAGCGAUUGAGACUGGCGAGAUCACAUUGUAUGGUGCUGGUCAGUACCAAACAUACAUCCACUACAUUGACAUUGCUGCAAUGUACAUUGCCGCUGCCGAGCGUGCCAAUGAGCUGCGCGGUGAGAUCUUCAUUGCCGGUGCCUACGUCGACAAGGUCGAGGACAUUGUUCAAGGCAUUGCCAAGGCUCUUGGCAAGACGGUCAAGGUUACUCACGUCCAGCCCGCCGACCCAUACCAAGAGUGUCUGGCACUCAACCAGCGUGCCUCCAAUGCCAAGGCACAGAUCAAGCUCAACUGGAGACCUACCCAGCUAUCACUUAUCGAUGGUGCCAAGAAGUAUUAUGAGGCCUGGAAGAUCUUGGCCCCAGCUGCAACCAACUACAAGUAUUAA